GAAUGGAGUCACCUUCAACACAGGCGGCCUCUCUGUCAGAGGACAAGAAACCACGGGCCUGGGGAAGCCCACAAUGCCCCAAUCAGUACGCAGGGAGGCUGCAAGGAGCCGAAUGCACCGAGCGUGGGGCCAUGGAGAAAGCACGGCAGCAGUGGAGCAACCCACUGCAGUUCCUGCUAAUCUGUGUUUCCUACGCCGUAGGCCUGGGCAAUGUGUGGCGUUUUCCUUACCUGUGCCAGAUGUACGGUGGAGGGAGUUUCCUGGUCCCCUACAUCAUCAUGCUCAUUCUGGAAGGGAUGCCUCUCUUGUACAUGGAGUUGGCUGUGGGGCAGCGCAUGCAGCAGGGCAGCAUCGGUGCCUGGAGGACCAUCAGCCCUUACCUCAGCGGUAUUGGCACUGCUAGUUUGGUGGUCUCCUUCUUGGUCGCCAUCUAUUACAACGUCAUCAACAGCUGGGCCUUUUGGUACCUCUUGCACUCCUUCCAGGAUCCCCUGCCGUGGUCUGUCUGUCCACUGAAUGACAACCUUACAGGCUAUGAUGAGGAGUGUGAGAAGGCUUCAUCGACGCAGUAUUUCUGGUACAGGAAAACACUCAACAUCUCACCGUCCAUCCAGAAUAAUGGGGGUGUGCAGUGGGAGCCAGCACUGUGCCUCAGCCUGGUCUGGCUGAUGGUGUAUCUAUGCAUCCUGCGCGGUACCGAGUCUACUGGCAAGGUUGUCUACUUCACCACAUCACUGCCCUACUGUGUGCUGAUUAUCUACCUGGUCCGCGGUCUCACACUCCAUGGGGCCUCCAAUGGUCUGGUGUACAUGUUCACCCCCAAGGUUGAGCAGCUAGCCAACCCCAAGGCAUGGAUCAGUGCAGCCACACAGAUCUUCUUCUCACUGGGCCUGGGGUGUGGUGGUCUGAUAGCCUUCGCCAGCUACAAUGAGCCCUCAAACGACUGCCAGAAGCACGCCAUCAUCGUGAUCAUCAUCAAUAGCACCACUGCCAUAUUUUCCAGCAUCGUUACCUUCUCUAUCUAUGGCUUCAAGGCCACUUUCAACUAUGAAAACUGCCUAAGCAAGCAGGAGGCUGCCAUGAGGCUUGGGAACCUCAACCUCUCUAGUCAUGAAUGUCAAGCUGAUGGUCUGCUCUGCAGGGUGAUUCUACUGCUGACCAAUUCUUUUGACCUUGAAGAUGGCUUUUUGACAGCCAGCAACCUGGAGCCGAUGAAGGACUACCUGGCAUCCACCUACCCAAGCAAGUACAGUGAGGUGUUCCCACACAUUAGAAACUGCAGCUUGGAAUCAGAGCUGAACACGGCUGUCCAGGGCACAGGCCUGGCCUUCAUCGUCUACACAGAGGCCAUUAAAAACAUGGAGGUGUCCCAGCUCUGGUCGGUGCUCUACUUCUUCAUGCUGCUGACGUUGGGUAUGGGAAGUAUGCUGGGGACUGCUACAGCCAUCCUCACCCCUCUGACUGACAGCGAAGUCAUUUCCAAGCGCCUGCCCAAGGAGGCCGUCUCAGGUCUGGUGUGUCUUGUCAGCUGUGCCAUCGGCAUGGUGUUCACCAUGGAGGCUGGAAACUACUGGUUUGAUAUAUUCAAUGACUAUGCAGCCACGCUGUCCCUGCUGCUCAUCGUGCUGGUGGAGAUCAUUGCUGUGUGCUACAUAUAUGGGUUAAGGAGAUUUGAAAGUGACCUUCAGGCCAUGACUGGCAGCAGCCUCAACUGGUACUGGAAGGCCAUGUGGGCUGGCGUGUGCCCCCUGCUCAUCAUCGGCCUUUUUGUCUUCUAUGUGAGUGACUAUGCCCUCGCGGGAACUCUGAAGUACCACGCCUGGGAUGCCACGCAGGGUCAUGUGGUGAGCAAGGACUACCCCUCAUUUGCAGUCGCUGUCAUUGGGCUGCUGGUGGCUUCUUCCAUCAUGUGCAUCCCUUUGGUGGCCCUGGGGACUUUCAUCACAUGUCACCUCAAGAGGAGGCCUAAGAACUGGACCUCCCCAAGACUACAGUCAGCCUCUCACCGCUGUGCAGCUUCUACCUAUGGUGGAGGAUCCUAAACUGCUUUUCAAAGCCAGAGCCCUUUGCCUGUUCAGCUUUCUGAAUCUAAAAAGAAAUACUGUUAUCCUCAUAUUAGGCUGAUAACAACUUAACAUUGGUCAUAAAUUUGGUCUACAGUAUUUUACUCUUCCUGUCCCAUAAUAUAUCUUUGUUGCCACAGUUCAUGUUUUUAAUUAUAUCUUUCUUUCUAUUCAUAACAAUUUUGAUUUUUGGCUUUCACACAAGUUACCAGAUUUAUACACUAGCAUUAUAAUAGUGGAAUAUUCUGGAUUAGGAAUUUGCUUUUACCACUGAAUGUACACUUUCAGAUUUUUUUGUUUUGUUUUUUGAGAUAGGGUCUUGCUCUACCAGGUUAACUUGGAAUUCACUAUGUAGUCUCAGGCUGACCUUGAACUUACAGUGAUCCUAUCUCUGCCUCCCGAGUGCCAGGAUUCUUUAAAAGCAUGUGCCACUAUACCCAGCUGUUUGCUUUUUGAAAUAGGGUCUUGGUAUAUAAUCCAGGUUGGUCUAAUCUAUGUAUAUUUAAGCUAGCCUAGAAACUAUUAUUUUCCUGCCUCAACUUCCCAUGUUGGGAUUACAAGAAUGAAACAACCUGGCCCUUAGGUAUUUCUUGUAAGACCAUUCUAAUAGUGAUAAAUUAAUUUUUUUCUUGUCUAGCUCAGAGUUCUGCUCUGAGUUAGAUUUCUAAAGAUUAAUGUUGCUAGAUGUAGUAUUCUUGGCUGGCACAUAUAUUUUUCUUUAGUUUGAAUAUUACAUUUUCUACUGUCCUAUUUAUUAGGAAAUUCAUUAAUAGUCUGAUAUUCCUUUAUAUAUUUCGACUUUUUUGCAUGUGUGUGGUGUUCAUAUUGUAUGCAUGUUCAUGUAUACAAUGUGUAAGCCAGAGGACCACAGAGAGUGUCUUAUUUCCUUGUUCUUUGAUACAAGAUCUCUUAUAGAAUCUUGAACCUGCCAAUUUGGCUAGGCUAACUAGCCAGCGAGUCCCAGAGACCUCCUGUCUCUACUUCCUCCUUCUGGGAUUAUAGGCCCAUUCCACCACACCAAAUGAAUGAAAAAAUUUAAGGGCUAGAGAGAUGGCUUAGCAGUUAAGGCGCUUGCCUGCAA